UUCUUAAAAUUAUUAAUCACUGUUUACUAAUCAUUCUUUAUUGAGAAAAAAAUUUGUUUUGAAAACGAAAUAUUGAGAAAACUAUUUAGCAUUUUUUUCAAAGUUUGGUCUAUGUUUCCAAUUCCAUUCAACAUCAGCAUAAGCAGGGCUGUUCCAUUUAUGAAGCUUGAUCAACUGUAAGUAAUUUUCCCCAGAAGGAGAAAUAACAAUAGAACAGAGAGGAAGAAAUAAGAAAGAUUUUGUUCUUACUGGAUUAUCAUGUCAGACGAUGAAACUGAUCCCUGUCGUUUUGGGUUGUUCAUAUUUUUUAUUCUAGUCUCAGUUACAGUUGUUGCAGGAGAUUCUCUGGAAACAGACAAAGAAGUUUUAUGGAACCUGAAGCUUUUUCUUGAAGAAAACAACCGUGUAAACAAAGGAAAUUAUUCAGAAUGGAAUCAGAACUCAAGCCCUUGUGAAUGGUCUGGAGUUUUGUGCUCUUCUGAUAAAGCCAGAGUCACCGGCCUUAAUCUCUCUGACAAUAACAUUUCCGGCCAAGUUUUCGACAAUUUUUCUGCCUUGACACAGCUCACUUAUCUUGAUCUCUCCAAAAACACUUUUGAAGGGUCUCUUCCUGAGGAUUUGAGCGGCUGCCACAACCUCAAGUAUCUCAAUCUCUCUCACAACAUUCUUGAGGGAGAGCUGAAUUUGAAUGGGUUGAGUAAUUUAAAGGUUCUUGACUUGUCUUUGAAUAGGAUUUAUGGGGAACUUCAGUUUAGUUUCCCUUCAAUUUGUAACAAGUUAGUGGGGGCUAAUCUUUCAGAGAACAAUCUUACAGGAAGGAUCGAUAAUUGCUUUAACGGGUGUGGAAAUUUGAGGUAUCUGGAUUUGAGUGCUAAUUAUUUUAAUGGGAACAUAUGGAGUGGAUUGGUGCAGCUGGUGGAGUUUUCAGUUUCUCAGAAUUACCUUAGUGGGCCUGUUUUGGAUUCCAUUUUUACAGAGAAUUGCAGUCUUGAGAUUUUAGACUUUUCUGAAAAUGAUCUCACUGGUCCUUUUCCUGGAAAUGUUUCCAGUUGCAAGAACUUGGUUAUCUUGAAUUUAUGGGGAAACAACUUUUCUGGGCCUAUUCCGCCAGGGAUUGGUUUGAUUUCGAGUCUUGAGGCGUUAUUCUUGGGGAAUAACAGCUUUGAUAGGGUGAUUCCAGAGUCUCUUUUGAAUCUGAGUAGGCUGGUCUUUCUGGAUUUGAGCAAAAACAAUUUUGGAGGUGACAUACAGCCGAUUUUUGGGAAAUUUACUCAAGUGAAGUAUCUUUUAUUGCAUGGAAAUUUCUACACUGGUGGGGUAUAUUCUUCAGGUAUUCUUAAGCUGCCUAGCCUUUCUAGAUUAGACCUGAGCUUCAACAACUUCACCGGUCCAUUGCCAAUUGAAAUCUCCCAAAUGCAGAACUUGAAGUUCUUGGUCCUUUCGUAUAACAAUUUCAAUGGCAAUAUUCCACCGGAGUAUGGAAACUUGCCUGCAAUUCAAGCUAUUGAUCUUUCCUUCAACCAGUUAACUGGAUCAAUACCACCUUCCUUUGGGAACUUGACAUCUCUCUUGUGGUUAAUGCUCGCAAACAAUUCACUUUCGGGUGAAAUUCCUGCCGAAAUUGGGAAUUGCUCUAGCUUGUUGUGGUUGAAUCUCGCAAACAACCGGUUGUCUGGGAACAUCCCAACUGAAUUGACUAAUAUUGGGAGAGAUCCCUUUUCAACUUUUCAGCUAAACCAACAACAAACUGACCAGAUUAGUGUAGGCUCUGGUGAGUGCUUGACAAUGAAGAGGUGGAUUCCUGCAGACUACGCACCAUUCAGUUUUGUGUAUAACAUCCUCACAAGAAAGAGUUGCAGAAGCUUAUGGGAUAGAUUACUCAAAGGCAAUGGCAUAUUCCCAGUUUGUGUUGGCGGUUCAAACGUUCGUACUUUUCAAAUCACAGGCUAUCUUCAACUCAGUGGGAAUCAACUUUCUGGUGAGGUGCCUACUAAUAUUGGUAAUAUGCUGAAUUUCAGCAUGUUGCAUUUGGGUUUUAAUCAGUUCUAUGGGAACCUGCCUCCACAGAUUGAUAAGUUGCCCUUAGUAGUUCUAAACUUAACUCGAAACGAGUUCUCAGGUGAAAUUCCAACAGAAAUUGGGAACAUUAAAUGCUUACAGGAUCUUGAUUUAUCUUAUAACAAUUUCUCUGGCACAUUCCCUGCUAGCUUCAAUGAAUUGAAUGAUCUGACCAAGUUCAAUAUCUCUUACAAUCCAUUUAUUUCUGGCACAAUUCCAUCAACUGGGCAGUUAAUAACACUUGAGAGCACGUCCUACCUUGGAGAUCCACUUUUGAUCCUUCCAGAUUUUAUUGCAAAUUCCCCUGCUCAGCCUCCAAAACAUGCCAAAUCCAAUGAAGGGACAAGGAAGACUAACUUGGCAGUAGUUCUGGCUUUCCCAGCUCUUAUACUAGUGGCCUCAAUAUGUGGAAUUUUGUCACUUGUAAUCUGCAUAUCAGUGAAAAGUUCAGAGGAGCAACCAGGAUAUCUCUUGGAGGAUUUAAAAUACCGACAUGAUCUUGCGUCAAGCUCAGGAGGGUCAUCGCCAUGGCUGUCAGAUACUGUUAAGGUCAUUCGCUUAGACAAAACAGCAUUUACUCAUGCUGACAUUUUAAAUGCUACAAGCAGAUAUUCGGAAGAUAGAAUUAUUGGGAAGGGAGGAUUUGGUACAGUGUAUCGAGGAGUAUUGCCUGAUGGAAGAGCAGUGGCAGUAAAGAGGCUACAAAGAGGAGGAAUUGAAGGCGAAAAGGAAUUCCGAGCUGAAAUGGAGGUUCUCAGUGGGAAUGGUUUUGGUUGGCCUCACCCAAAUCUUGUCACACUCUAUGGAUGGUGCCUUGAUGGAUCAGAUAAAAUAUUGGUGUAUGAGUACAUGGAAGGUGGAAGCUUGGAGGAUCUUAUAUCAGAUAGAACAAGAUUAAGUUGGCGAAGACGUCUAGACAUAGCAAUUGAUGUGGCACGCGCAUUGGUAUUCCUACACCAUGAGUGCUAUCCUUCUAUUGUGCAUCGUGAUGUCAAAGCAAGCAAUGUCCUAUUAGACAAAGAUGGCAAGGCACGGGUUACAGAUUUUGGCCUUGCUAGAGUUGUUGAUGCCGGGGAUAGCCAUGUGAGCACAAUGGUAGCUGGAACAAUUGGUUAUGUGGCCCCAGAAUAUGGACAGACUUGGAAAGCCACAACAAAAGGCGAUGUGUAUAGUUAUGGAGUUUUAGCGAUGGAGCUAGCAACCGGAAGGAGGGCUGUCGAUGGAGGGGAAGAAUGUCUCGUGGAAUGGGCCAGACGCGUUAUGGGGAAUGGGCGACAUGGAUUGGGUAGAAGUGUUAUACCAGUUGUGCUUCUGGGGUCUGGACUAGCCGAGGGUGCAGAGGAAAUGUGUGAGUUGCUUAGAAUUGGGGUAAGCUGCACCUCAGAGGCACCACAGGCUAGACCAAAUAUGAAGGAGGUGCUGGCAAUGUUGAUCAAACUACUUCCUUAUUACGGUUGAAAUUUUGAAACCGGUAACAAAUUCAGAAUUUGUCAAUAAUUCUAGGGCCUUUAGAUACCUGUACACAUAUACAUACGUAAUUUUGUUGCUCUUAUUCUUCUUGUACACAAACAUUCAUCAUUUAUACAUACCAAAGAAGAAGAUAAUCACAUUUGUUCAUCAAA